CUGGCCAAAGACUCCAGCAGCAGCAGUAACAGCAGCAGAACAUUGGGAGCUUCUGUCUCCUGCGAAAGAAUCCAGCAGCAGCAAUACUCACACAGUAGGGCAUGGAUGGGACUCUCUCCUCUUAGUCAAUGAGACGCUGCCAAAGUUCUGCAGACAAGUAGAAUGGGACGGGAGAGAAAACAGAAACUACCCAUAAACAAAAGCUGCUGCAUCUCUCUCCCUCCUUUCAUCAAAGGGCUGGUGGAGCCUAUGCGUGGGGUUUGUGCAGCUCAGAUCUGAGCUGAACAAAAAACUUUUUCUUUUUCUUUUCUUUUUCACAUUCAGAAGGGGAAAAAAAAGUUCAAAUGCAUUUCUCAGCCACAGGGGAAGCCCUUUGAUUUCUAUUCAGAACUAAGCACAUUGCUUAGACACUAGUGAGGAGAAAAUGAUUUCCCGUGGAAAUAUUCCUGUCUGGGGAGUGGGAUUCUGCAUAGUGUUCUUGCUUGCUCUGUUUUCUUCUUGCUAUGCACAAGAUACCAGAGCAGAGAAGGAGCCCAGCGCUGAUGAAAUCCCAGAGGGAGCAUCUACUUUGGCAUUUGUGUUUGAUGUUACCGGGUCCAUGUAUGAUGACUUAGUUCAAGUUAUUGAAGGGGCAUCAAAAAUUUUGGAAACCUCUUUGAAGAGACCCAAGAGACCACUUUACAACUUUGCUUUGGUGCCUUUCCAUGAUCCAGAAAUUGGGCCAGUGACUAUUACCACAGACCCCAAGAAAUUUCAAUAUGAACUCAGGGAACUUUACGUUCAGGGUGGCGGUGACUGUCCGGAGAUGAGCAUUGGUGCAAUCAAAAUUGCUCUAGAAAUCUCUCUCCCUGGUUCUUUCAUAUAUGUGUUUACUGAUGCACGAUCCAAAGAUUACAAGCUUACCCAUGAAGUCCUGCAGCUUAUUCAACAGAAGCAGUCGCAGGUUGUAUUUGUGUUGACUGGAGACUGUGAUGAUAGGGCACAUAUUGGUUACAAGGUUUAUGAAGAAAUCGCCUCAACAAGUUCCGGUCAAGUUUUCCACUUGGACAAAAAGCAAGUCAAUGAGGUGUUGAAGUGGGUAGAAGAAGCAGUGCAAGCCUCCAAAGUGCAUCUUCUAUCCACAGACCAUUUGGAUAUGGCAGUGAACAAUUGGCAAAUCCCUUUCGAUCCCAGUUUAAAAGAAGUUACGGUGUCAUUGAGUGGACCUUCUCCAGUAAUUGAAAUUCGAGAUCCAUUAGGUAAACAGAUGACAAAAGGAUCUGGCUUGAAUGAGUUGCUAAAUAUCCAUAAUUCUGCAAAGGUUGUAAAUGUAAAAGAUCCAGAACCUGGGAUGUGGACAGUUAAGACUUCCAGCAGCGGAAGGCACUCUGUUCGUAUCACAGGUCUCAGUACUAUUGAUUUUCGAGCUGGUUUUUCCAGAAAGCCAACAUUAGAGUUCAAAAAUACAUCCAGCAGACCAGUGCAAGGGAUACCCACCUAUACGUUGCUGAAUACCACAGGGAUCUUCCUACCAGCCAGAGUGGACCGUCUUGAACUUCUCAGCAUCACAGGGGAUCUUCUUAAGACUGUCCCUGUGAAAUAUUAUCCGGAUAGAAAACCACAUGGAAUAUGGAACAUUACUGAUUUCAUUCCACCAAAUGAAGCCUUUUUUGUUAAAAUAACAGGUUAUGACAAGGAUGAUUAUCUCUUCCAGAGAGUUUCUAGUGUUUCAUUUUCUAGUAUUAUUCCUGAUGCCCCAAAAGUUGUUAUGCCCUCCAAAACUCCAGGAUACUACUUGCAGCCAGGUUCUCUUACGUGCCAUGUGGAAAGUCUUAUACCUUUUACUCAGCAGUUUAGCAGAAAUGGAGUCAAACUAGGAAUAGAUCAGUUCUUCAAAGAAUCCUCUGUUGUGAAUUGGGAACUUGCCAAAGUCACUUUGUCUGAUGAGGGUUACUAUGAAUGCGUGGCUGUUAGCAGUGCAGGAACUGGACGUGCUCAGACAUUUCUGGAUGUGUCAGAGCCUCCGCCUGCCAUCCAGGUUCCUAACAACGUCACAGUCAUUCCUGGAGAAAGAGCCGUAUUGACCUGUCUGACAUUAAGCACCGUGCGUUACAAUCUCACGUGGCACAGGAAUGGCAGGGACUUUAAAUUUUUGGAGCCCUCUCGAAUAAGGAUGAUAAGCAAUCUGUCUUUAGAAGUAAAAACUGUAAAGCUCACUGAUGCUGGUGAAUACACGUGCAUUGCUUUCAAUGAAGGUGGAUCUUCUGCAGCUUCUGUCUACCUCACAGUGCAAGAACCGCCUAAAGUUGUCAUUUCACCUAAGAAUCAGUCAUUUACCACUGGCUCUGAGGUGUCUAUCCGGUGUUCUGCAACAGGUUAUCCAAAGCCAACAAUAGUCUGGACACACAAUGACAUGUUCAUUAUUGGCUCAAACAGGUAUAGGUUCAUUCCAGAAGGCACCUUGAUAAUCAAAAGGGCGAUUCCAAAAGAUGCAGGACUUUAUGGUUGCUUGGCUAGUAACUCAGCUGGGACAGAGAGAGAGACUUCUACUCUCACAUAUAUUGAGGGCCCAAAGCUUACUGUGAUUCAAAGUGAAAUUCUGGUUGCUCUUGGAGACACAACAGUAAUGGAAUGUAAAGCCACUGGAGUCCCACCUCCUCAAGUUAGGUGGUUUAAAGGUGACCUAGAAUUGAGGGUAUCAGCAUUUCUUACUAUUGAUACAUAUCGGGGCCUCCUGAAAAUCCAAGAAACACAGGAUUUGGAUGCUGGUGAUUAUACCUGCAUGGCUACCAAUGAUGCAGGAAUUGCAUCUGGGAAGAUAACUCUAGAUGUUGGCUCUUCUCCAGUUUUCACACAGGAGCCUAGUGAUGAAUCUGUUGAUAUUGGCUCAAAUGUGACAUUGCCUUGCUAUGUUCAUGGUUACCCAGAACCAAAGGUUAAAUGGAGGCGACUGGAUGGUGCUCCCCUUUUCUCGAGACCCUUUGCUAUUAGUUCCAUCAGCCAGCUCAGAACAGGAGCCCUGUCUAUUACCAAUUUGUGGGUCAGUGAUGAAGGAACUUAUAUCUGUGAAGCUGAAAAUCAGUUUGGAAAGAUUCAGUCACAGCCGGCCACUGUAACAGUAACAGGACUGGUUGCCCCUCUAAUUGGAAUGAGCCCAGCAGUAGCCAAUGUAAUUGAAGGACAGCAGCUUACUGUGCCUUGUGUACUUCUGGCUGGAAACCCCAUUCCAGAACGGAGGUGGAUUAAAAACAGUAUGGUGUUGGUCACAAAUCCCUACAUCAAUGUUCGUGGUGAUGGGAGUCUGCACCUUGAAAGAGUUUGGCUGCAAGAUGCAGGGGACUAUACCUGCAUGGCAAGUAAUGUAGCUGGUACAAAUAACAAAACUACCACCAUCAAUGUGUUUGUUCUACCUGUCAUUCAGCAUGGACAGCAGAUAUUCAGUACAAUUGAAGGGAUCCCAGUAACAUUACCAUGUAAAGCAAGUGGAGUUCCUAAACCAACUAUCAUGUGGUCCAAGAAAGGAGAGUUGAUUCCUCUCAGCAAUACAAAAUUUUCAGCGGGAUCUGACGGAAGCCUAUAUAUAGUUUCACCAGGGGGUGAGGAGACUGGGGAAUAUGUGUGCACUGCAACAAAUGCUGCUGGUUAUGCCACACGGAAAGUCCAACUAACUGUCUAUGUGAAACCCAGAGUAUCCAGGCCUGAAAACCAGCAAGAAGAUGCAUAUGACAAGCCCAUAGAGAUCUCAGUGACUGCAGGGGAAGAUGUUACACUUCCAUGUGAUGUGAAGAGCUUGCCACCUCCCGUAAUUACAUGGGCCAAAGAAAUGCAACUCAUCUCUCCGUUCUCUCCAAGACACACCUUCCUCCCCUCAGGGUCAAUGAAGAUCACUGAGACACGAGUUUCAGACAGUGGAAUGUAUUUCUGUGUAGCCACAAAUAUUGCUGGGAAUGCAACUCAGUCAGUCAAGCUAAAUGUACAUGUUCCUCCAAAGAUUCAAGGUGCGCCUCGAGUUAUGAAAGUACAAGUUGGUCACAGAAUUGAUAUACCCUGCAGUGCCCAAGGGGUCCCUCCCCCAACAGUCACCUGGUUUAAAGGCAGAAAUACCAUGCUAAUAGAUGGAAGACAGUAUAUCAGCAGCCCUGAUGGAACGCUGACCAUCAGCAAAGUCCAGCUUUCAGACUCUGGUAUCUACAAGUGUGUUGCUAGUAACAUAGUUGGCAGUGAUGAAUCGUCGAUAACAAUACAAGUUCAAGAACCUCCUACUGUAGAUAAUAUUGACCCUCCUUACAACACCCCAUUUCAAGAAAGAGUAGCAAAUCAACGCAUUGCAUUCCCUUGUCCAGCAAAAGGUACCCCAAAGCCUGCUAUCAAAUGGUUACGUAAUGGUAAAGAGCUGACAGGCAAUGAACCAGGCAUUUCAAUUGCAGAGGAUGGGACAGUGCUGAUCAUUGCUUUUGUUACACCGUAUGACAAUGGGGAAUAUGUUUGUGUGGCAGUUAAUGAAGCUGGAAGGACUGAAAGAAAAUACAAUCUGAAGGUUCAUGUUCCUCCUGAAAUCCAAGACCAAGAAAAGGUGACAAAUACAUCUGUCAUUGUUAAUCACCCUGUAAGUCUCUUCUGUGAAGUGUCAGGUACCCCCUUUCCCACCAUCUCCUGGUAUAAAGAUGAUGUCCAGGUUAUGGAAAGCAGCACUCUUCAGAUUUUGCGGAAUGGGAAGAUACUGAAGCUCCUUAAAGCUGCUACUGAUGAUGCUGGACAGUAUUCAUGCAAAGCGACUAAUGUAGCAGGGAGUUCUGAGAAGCUGUUUAAUGUAGAUGUGCUAGUUCCACCUACCAUAAAAGGUGCUGACACACCCAGCGAAGUUUCAGUCAUUCUCAACCGUGAAAUCAGCCUGGAAUGUAAAGUUAAAGGCUCCCCUUUUCCUGACAUUCACUGGUUCAAAGAUGGCAAGCCUCUGUUUUUGGAAGAUCCUAACGUUGAGCUUGUGGACAGAGGCCAAAUUCUGCGCAUAAGGAGUGCCCGAAGAAUUGACAAAGGACGCUACCAGUGCAGUGUGGCCAAUAGAGCAGGCAAACAAGUCAAGGAGGUCAAGCUGAUUAUCCAUGUCCCACCUAGUAUUAAAGGAGGAAAUACCACCACUGAAAUAUCAACACUGAUGAACAGCUUAAUAAAGCUGGAAUGUGAAACCAGGGGGAUCCCUGUCCCUGCCAUUACUUGGUAUAAAGAUGGACAUCCCAUUAUUUCAAGCCCACAAGCUCUUUAUGUGGACAGGGGUCAGUUUCUUCAGAUUCCUCAGGCUCAAGUCUCAGAUUCUGCAAAGUACACCUGCCACGUGGCCAACAUUGCUGGAACCUCUGAAAAAGUAUAUGAAGUAGAUGUCUACGUUCCUCCUGUUAUUGAGGGUGACUCUGACACUAUCCAGAACAAGCAGGUGGUUGCUGGCAAUUCAUUGACAUUGGAGUGUAAAGCUGCUGGCAACCCCCCACCUCUUCUUACCUGGUUAAAAGAUGGAGUGCCUGUGAAAGCAAGUGAAAACCUCCGCAUACUGUCCAGGGGGAAGAAGCUGGAGAUCUUGGAUUCCACAGAGACUGAUCGUGGCCAGUAUGUCUGUGUGGCCACAAGCAUAGCAGGAGAAAAAAAAAUGAAAUAUGACGUUGAAAUCUUAGUCCCACCACACGUGGAAGGGGAAGAAGAACCUUUGGAUUACAUUGUGAUUCUUCAUAGCCCUCUGGAGCUAGAUUGUCUGGCAACGGGAACACCAUCACCAACUAUCAUGUGGUUGAAAGAUGGUCACCCAAUUGAAGAGGGAGAUGACUAUAAGAUCCUAUUAAAUGGACGCAAACUUCUCAUUUCUCGGGCUCAAGUGUCAGACACAGGCCGCUAUAAGUGUGUGGCAACAAACACAGCAGGGGAUCAUGAAAGGGAAUUUGAUGUUACAGUGCAUGUUCCUCCAACAAUCAAAUCUACUGGGUCUUCUGAGAGAUCCGUGGUGAUAUACAAUCCCACAACAUUGCAGUGCAUAGCCAAUGGCAUUCCCAGCCCUUCCAUCACAUGGUUAAAAGAUGGCCAGCCAGUAAAUACAGCCAGAGGAAACAUUCGACUGGAGUCUUCAAGCCGCAUUCUGCAAAUUGCCAAAGCCCUGCUGGAAGAUGCAGGCAAAUAUACUUGUGUGGCAACAAAUGCUGCAGGAGAAGCCCAGAAGCACAUUCGUCUUCAUGUGCACGAACCACCCUAUCUGGAAAAUUCAGGGAAGAUGUUAAAUGAAACAGUGGUGAUGAAUAACCCAAUCCAUCUCGAGUGUAAAGCAUCUGGGAAUCCUUUGCCAGUUAUCACCUGGUACAAAGACAGUCAUCCACUCACCAAUGCUGCAGGAGUCACCUUUUUGAACAGGGGUCAAAUCCUUCAGAUUGAUGUUGCACAGAUCUCUGACACUGGCAUUUAUAAAUGCAUGGCUCUGAAUACAGCAGGAACAGCAGAGCUAUUUUACAGCCUUCAGGUUCAUAUCCCCCCAUCAAUUUCUGGUAGCAAUGACAUGGUGGCAGUGGUAGUUAAUAAUCUAGUGAGGUUGGAAUGUGAAGCCAGAGGUAUCCCUGCUCCCAUUCUGACUUGGCUAAAAGAUGGUAGUCCCGUUUCCAGCUUUUCUGGCCUCCAGGUUCUUUCUGGAGGCCGGGUUCUAGCACUCACUAGUGCUCAGAUCAGUGACACAGGAAAGUAUACAUGUGUUGCAGUGAAUGCUGCAGGGGAAAGACAGAGGGAUAUUGAUCUCCGGGUUUAUGUUCCACCAGACAUAACAGGAGAAGAACAGAAUGUCUCUGUGCUCAUCAGCCAAGCUGUGGAGCUACGUUGCCAAAGCAAUGCCAUUCCUCCACCCGCACUGACAUGGCUCAAAGAUGGCCGACCUUUGCUGAAGAAACCAGGUCUUAGCAUCUCUGAAGAUGGAAGUGUGCUAAAGAUUGAAGGAGCACAAGUUCAAGACACAGGACGUUACAUGUGUGAAGCUACAAAUGUUGCUGGAAAAACGGAAAAGAACUAUAAUGUCAAUGUUUGGGUGCCACCACGUAUUUAUGGUUCAGAUGACCGCUCUCAGCUGACAGUAAUUGAAGGAAACCUCAUCAGUUUGAUAUGUGAAUCUGCUGGUAUUCCACCACCAAGCCUUACAUGGAAAAAGAAUGGUUCUCCUUUGCUGGCUGAUUCCAUGGGACGAAUCAGGUUGUUGUCUGGAGGCAGACAGUUGCAGAUAUCAAUUGCUGAGAAGUCUGAUGCUGCAUUUUACACGUGUACAGCCUCAAACAUAGCUGGAAACACAGAAAAAGGAUACUAUCUGCAAGUUUAUGUUCGCCCAACAAUAUUAAAUAGUGGAAGCCACCCAUCGAGAAUUGUUGUCAUUCGAGGAAAUGAUAUUUCAUUGGAAUGCAAGGUACAGGGUAUCCCACGGCCAGCAAUAAGCUGGAUGAAGGAUGGCCGUCCCCUUGUAAAUGGUAGGGGAGUAGAAAUACUCAGUGAUGGACAUCUUCUUCAUCUGAAGAAUGCUCAGGUGUCAGACACUGGCCGCUAUGUGUGUGUUGCUGUGAAUGUGGCAGGAUUGACUGACAAGAAAUAUGAUUUGAAUGUUCAUGUGCCUCCAAAUAUUGCGGGUGAUCUAGAGGUACCUGAAAACAUCAGCAUUGUGGAGAAAAACUCUGUUACUCUGAUUUGUGAAGCUUCAGGGAUUCCCCUUCCAUCUAUAACAUGGCUCAAGAAUGGUUGGCCUGUCAUCAUGAAUAGCUCUCUGAGAAUUCUGUCAGGUGGUAGGUCUCUGCGUUUGACUCAGAGUAAAGUGGAAGAUGCUGGUCAAUAUACCUGUGUUGUAACUAAUACUGCAGGAGAAAAGAGGAAACAUUUUGACCUUUCAGUUAUAGUGCCUCCAGGGAUUGUUGGAGAGAAUAAAUUGGAAGAUGUGAAAGUGAAAGAGAAACACAGUGUUACAUUAGCAUGUGAAGUGAUAGGGAAUCCGGUACCACAGAUUACUUGGGUAAAAGAUGGGCAACCUCUCAUUGAAGAUGAAGAACACCAAAUUCUGUCUAGUGGACGUUUUCUUCAAAUUACGAAUGCUCAGGUGGCUGACACAGGAAGAUACACAUGUAUUGCUUCUAAUACGGCUGGUGACAAGAGCAAAAGUUACAGUCUUAAUGUACUUGUGUCUCCAGCCAUUGCUGGAGCAGACAGUAAUGGCAACGCAGAAGAUGUCACUGUUAUCUUAAAUAACCCCACAUCCCUGGUUUGUGAAGCUUAUUCAUACCCUCCAGCUACCAUCACCUGGCUAAAAGAUGGAGUUCCUUUAGAAUCAAACCGAAGCAUCCGGAUUUUGCCUGGAGGUCAAACCCUGCAAAUUCUAAAUGCACAGGAGGACAAUGCUGGUAAAUAUACUUGCAUAGCUACAAAUGAAGCUGGGGAAACACUGAAACACUAUGAAGUAAAAGUCUUCAUUCCACCCACCAUUAAUAAAGGGGAUAUCUCAGGGAUGGGUCUCUCCCCUAAAGAAGUGAAGAUCAAAGUAAAUAACAGCCUUACUUUGGAGUGUGAAGCUCAUGGGUUUCCUGCUGCUUCCAUCAGCUGGUACAAGGAUGGACAGCCUAUUACAUCAGAUGCUCAUAUUACUAUCCAAGCUGGUGGCCGUAGUCUGCAGAUAAAGGAGGCUCAAGUAUCAGAUACUGGGCGCUAUACCUGUGUGGCAUCUAACAUUGCUGGAGAGGAUGAAAUGGAAUUUGAUGUGAACAUACAAGUUCCUCCUAGUUUCCGAAAACUACAUGGCGAGUGGCAAGCUGGUAACAUUGUGGAUAUUGGCAGAGGUGGAGAAACCAAAGAUGUUAUACUCAACAAUCCCCUUUCUCUUUACUGUGAAACCAAUGCUGUUCCACCUCCUGUUCUCACAUGGUACAAAGAUGGCUACCCUUUGACCUCCAGUGAUAAAGUACUAAUAUUACCAGGAGGCCGAGUGUUACAGAUUCCGCGGGCUCAGGUGGAAGAUGCUGGGAGAUACACAUGCGUGGCUGUAAACGAAGCUGGAGAAGAUUCCAUUCAAUACGAUGUCCGCGUGCUGUUGCCACCAUCCAUCAAUGGAAUGGAUGGAGAUCUUCCUGAAGAGGUCACUGUACUUGUGAGCAAGACCAUCGUAUUGGAGUGUGAGGCAAAUGGCAACCCUGCUCCAACCAUAACCUGGCAAAAGGAUGGCCAGCUCCUAGAAGAAGAUGACCAUCACAUAUUUUUAUCCAGUGGAAGGAUGUUACAGAUCUUAAAUUCCCAAAUAACAGAUACAGGCAGGUAUGUCUGUGUUGUGGAGAACAUAGCAGGAAGUGGCAAAAAAUAUUUUAACCUUAAUGUUCACGUUCCUCCAAGUGUAGUUGGUACUAAUCCUGAGAAUUUGACUGUGGUGGUGAAUAAUUUCAUCUCUCUGACCUGUGAAGUCAAUGGCUUUCCACCCCCUGAUCUCAGCUGGCUCAAGAAUGGAAAACCCAUCAGUUUGAACACUAACGCUCUCAUUGUGCCUGGUGGUCGGACUCUGCAGAUUCCCCAGGCCAAACUAUCAGAUGGUGGUGAAUACACUUGUAUUGCCAGAAACCAAGCUGGGGAAAGCAAGAAGAGGAGUUUCCUUACUGUUUAUGUCCCACCAAGUAUUAAAGACCACACCGGGGCAUCCUUUGCAGUGGUGAAUGUGAGAGUAGGAGUCCUAGUGGCACUGGAGUGCGAGUCCAAUGCUGUCCCACCACCGAUCAUCACUUGGUACAAGAAUGGACGCAUGAUCACAGAGUCAGAAAAUAUGGAGAUCUUAGGAGAUGGACAAAUGCUACAGAUCAAGAGUGCUGAGGUAUCUGACACUGGCCAGUAUGUGUGUAAAGCCAUAAAUAUUGCAGGGCGGGAUGUUAAAAAUUUUCAUCUUAAUGUUUAUGUGCCACCAAGUAUACAAGGUCCUGAACAAGAGUGUAUCAAUGAAACUAUCAGUAACCCUGUCACCUUUGCAUGUGAUGCUACUGGGAUUCCCCCACCAACAUUAAUAUGGCUAAAGAAUGGCAAGUCAAUAGAAAAUUCUGACUCCCUUGAAGUCCAUAUUUUGUCUGGAGGAAGCAAGCUACAGAUUGCCCGCUCUCAACAGUUGGAUAGUGGAACCUACACUUGUGUUGCUUCAAAUGUAGAAGGAAAAGCUCAGAAAAGUUACAUCCUUUCUGUACAAGUUCCUCCAAAUAUUGCUGGAUCGGAAAUGCCAAGUGAUGUCAGUGUCCUUCUGGGAGAAAGUUUCCAGCUUGUCUGCAAUGCCAAUGGUAUUCCCACACCUGUUUUGCAGUGGCUUAAAGAUGGAAAAUCAGUUCCUAGUAAUGAAUCACAAAGAAUAAGAGUGACACCAGAUGGCAGCACAUUAAAUAUUCUCAGAGCUCUAACAACUGAUGCGGGGAAAUACACUUGUGUGGCUACUAAUCCAGCAGGAGAAGAAGACCGAAUUUUCAAUCUGAAUGUAUAUGUUCCACCAGCAAUACUCAAUAAUAAGGUUGAACCAGAGGAGCUGACUGCCUUAUUGGACACUUCUGUAAACAUUGAAUGCACUGCUACUGGCACUCCACCUCCACAAAUCAACUGGCUUAAAAAUGGGCUUCCUCUUUCUAUCUCAUCUCAAAUCAGGUUGCUGUCUGCUGGACAGAUUCUCAGAAUUGCGAGAGCUCACCUGUCUGAUGUUGGUGUGUAUACUUGUGUAGCAUCUAAUAGAGCUGGAGUUGACAAUAAACAUUACAGUCUUCAAGUUUAUGUACCACCAAACAUGGAUAAUGCAGGAGGAACAGAGGAAGUGAUUAUUGUGAAAGGCAAUACUGCUUCAGUUAUGUGCUUAAGUGAUGGCACACCCACCCCUAAGAUGUCAUGGCUUAAAAAUGGGCAGGUUUUGAGUCUUGGACCCAAUAUGACUAUAAGUAAUCAAGGGAUGGUCUUUCAUAUUGCAAAGACAGAGAUUGAUGACACGGGCAGAUACACCUGCACAGCCUCCAAUGAAGCAGGGGAAGUUAGCAAACAUUUCACCCUAAAAGUCCUGGAUCCCCCUCAUAUCAAUGGAUCUGAUCAAUCAGAAGAAAUAUCUGUGGUUGUUAACAAUCCACUGGAACUUCAUUGUAUUUCAAAUGGCAUUCCAGUCCCAAAAAUCACCUGGAUGAAGGAUGGGCGCCCACUCCCCCAGAAUGAAAAUGUUCAUGUCCUGAGAGGAGGAGAGGUGCUUAGGAUAGCUAGUGCCCAGGUAGAGGACACAGGAAGAUACACAUGCUUAGCAUCUAGCCCUGCAGGAGAUGAUGAUAAAGAGUAUUUAGUAAGAGUGCAUGUUCCCCCUAACAUUGCUGGCACCAGUGGUCCUCAGGAUGUCACUGUGCUGCAGAACAGACAAGUUAUAUUGGAGUGCAAGUCAGAUGCAGUCCCACCUCCUACAAUUACAUGGCUUAAAAAUGGAGCACUGUUACAGGGGACUCCUCGAGUUCGAAUCCUGUCCAGUGGGCGGUACCUGCAGAUCAAUAAUGCUGACCUAGGGGAUGCAGCAACCUAUACCUGUGUGGCAAGUAACAUUGCAGGAAAAACUACCAGAGAAUUUGUGCUGACUGUGAAUGUUGCACCUAUAAUCAAAACUGGUCCUCAGACUGUUGUUGUGCUCAUAAAUACAUCUACUGUUCUGAAGUGUGAUGCAGAAGGAGUACCAACCCCAAGAAUUACAUGGAGAAAGGAUGGGGCUAUUUUUUCUGGAAACAAUGCCAGAUAUUCAGUGUUAGAGGAUGGAUCUCUAUCUAUUCACUCUGCACACGUGACUGACAUUGGACGAUAUCUGUGCAUGGCAACCAAUGCAGCUGGAACUGAACGCAAGAGAAUUGAUUUACAGGUCCACGUUCCUCCAUCUAUUGCUCCUGGACCUACCAACAUUACAGUUACUGUUAAUGUUCAAACCACACUACCUUGUGAGACAACUGGAAUUCCCAGGCCUGUGAUCAGCUGGAAGAAGAAUGGGCACCUCCUUAAUGUUGAUCAAAAUCAGAAUACGUACAGACUUUUGUCUUCAGGUUCCCUAGUAAUCAUUUCUCCCACUGUGGAUGACACUGCAGUCUAUGAGUGUGCUGUAUCAAAUGAAGCAGGAGAGGAUCAAAGAGCAGUUGAUCUCAUUGUACAAGUGCCCCCAUCAAUAGCAGAUGAAGCUACAGAUCUCCUAGUGACAAAACUAUCACCUGCAGUCAUUUCCUGCACGGCAUCAGGUGUUCCUGCUCCCUCAGUUCACUGGACCAAAAAUGGGAUAAGACUUCUUCCCAGAGGAGAUGGUUACAGAAUUCUGUCUUCAGGGGCUAUUGAAAUAGCUGCUGCUCAGCUAAACCAUGCAGGAAGGUACACCUGUGUAGCCCGGAAUGCUGCUGGUUCUGCACACAGACAUGUUACUCUUCACGUCCACGAGCCACCAACUAUUCAAACCCAGCCAGGAACACUAGAUGUUAUUCUGAACAACCCUGCUCUUUUACCAUGUGAAGCAAUAGGAACACCACGUCCUAUCAUAGCAUGGCAAAAAGAAGGCAUCAAUAUAAUCACAUCAGGCAAUAGUUAUACAGUCCUUCCUAAUGGUAGUUUACAGAUUGCCAGAGCAGCUACUGGGGAUGCUGGCACUUAUAUGUGUGUUGCUCAGAAUUCAGCUGGUACUGCCCUAGGAAAGAUCAAACUAAAAGUUCAAGUUCCUCCAGUUAUCAAGUCUCAUCCUAAGGAAUACAUAAUUACUGUGGAUAAAGCUGCCACUUUGCAGUGUGAAGCUGAUGGCUACCCAGUGCCUGAGAUCACUUGGCACAAAGAUGGAGAGCAAAUUCCAGAGUCCAUCAGGCAACGAAUUCUUAGCACUGGGGCUUUGCAGAUUGCCUUUGUGCAGCCUGAUGACACUGGACGAUACACAUGUAUGGCAGCAAACAUGGCAGGAUCAACCAGUUCUAGCAUGGAACUCAUUGUGUAUAUACCACCUAAGAUUCGCAGUACAGAGGCACACUACACAGCCACUGAGAAUUUUCAAGCUGUUCUUUCAUGUGUGGCUGAUGGUAUCCCAACACCAGCAAUAAAGUGGAAGAAAGACAAUAUAACUUUAAUGGACAGAGUAGGAAAACACAGGACUGUCCCAUAUGGAGCUCUGAUUUUGGACAAUGUUGUUCCCGAAGAUUCUGGUAGUUAUACCUGUGUUGCAAGUAAUGCUGCUGGUGAAGAUGCACACACUGUUAAACUGAUGGUUCAUGUACUCCCAGCUUUCACUGAACUACCUGGAGACAUAGCUUUAAAUAAAGGAGAACUCCUCAGAUUAACAUGCAAAGCGACUGGGACACCUGUACCCAAAAUAACUUGGACUUUUAAUAACAAUAUUAUACCUGCACUGUAUGACACUAUGAAUGGUCACAGUGAACUUGUAAUUGAAAGAGUAUCUAAAGAGGACUCUGGCACCUACAUGUGCACAGCAGAAAACACAGUUGGUUCAGUCAAAGCUAUUGGAUUUGUGUAUGUCAAAGAGCCUCCAGUGUUCAAAGGGGAUUAUCAUUCUAGCCGAAUUGAGCCCUUGGGUGGCAAUGCUAUACUGAACUGUGAGGUACUAGGAGAUCCACCUGUUACUAUCCAGUGGAGAAAAAGAGGAGUAGGCAUUCAGAUUAGUGACAGGAUCCGACAACUCAGCAAUGGUUCUCUUGCCAUCUAUGGCACUGUGAAUGAAGAUGCUGGUGACUACAAAUGUGUGGCUACAAAUGAUGCUGGUGUGGGGGAGCGCAGUAUGACAUUAACGCUUCAAAGUCCUCCAGUUAUUACAGUUGAGCCAGUGGACACUGUUAUUGAUGCUGGUACCACAGCAAUGUUGAACUGCCAAGCAAAUGGAGAACCUCCUCCAACCAUUGAGUGGUCCCGUCAAGGUCAUCCAAUCCUCAGUAAUGACAGAGUGACUGUAUUGUCCAAUGGCUCUUUGAGGAUUGUUGCAGCACAGAAAGAGGAUACCUCUGAAUAUGAAUGCAUAGCUAGGAAUCUGAUGGGAUCGGUCCUUGUCAGAGUACCAUUCACUGUCCAAGUACAUGGUGGAUUUUCAGACUGGCUUGAAUGGCAACCAUGUAGUGUAACUUGUGGGCAAGGUGUUCAGAAGAGGAUCCAACAGUGUAAUAAUCCUCUACCUGCAAAUGGUGGAAGGCCUUGUCAGGGUCCUGAUACAGACAUACGCAGCUGCCAGAACAAACCAUGUCCAGUGGAUGGAAACUGGUCAGAGUGGGGAUCUUGGGAAGAGUGUUCUAAAACCUGUGGACAAGGUAGCAGGACCAGAACCAGAACCUGUAGUAACCCACCAAGUCAACAUGGAGGAAAGCCAUGUGAAGGCAAUGCUGUGGAUUCAAUCAUGUGUAACAUUAGGCCCUGUCCAGUGGAUGGUGAGUGGGAUUCUUGGCUGCCGUGGGGACCUUGCAGUGAAACCUGUGGAAAAGGUACUCAAACCAGACUGCGCCUGUGCAAUAACCCCCCUCAAGCAUUUGGUGGUUCGUAUUGUGAUGGACCUGAUACACAGCUGCAGGUUUGCAACAAGAAACUUUGUCCAGUGGAUGGGAAAUGGGCCCUCUGGGCCAGCUGGACAGCCUGUACAGUAUCCUGUGGAGGAGGCACCAGACAGAGAACAAGGGACUGCUCAGACCCAGCCCCGCAGUUUGGGGGGCACAAAUGUGAAGGCAGUGAUGUACAAAUUGACUUCUGUAACAGUGACCCCUGCCCCAUCCAUGGUAACUGGGGACCAUGGAGCAACUGGGGAACUUGCAGCCGAACAUGCAAUGGAGGCCAGAUGAGGCGAUAUCGGACCUGUGAUAAUCCUCGCCCUGUUAACGGUGGAAGAGCAUGUGCAGGGGCUGAUACACAGAUACAGAGAUGUAAUACUGGAGUAUGCCCUGUGGAUGGAAACUGGGGACCAUGGCAAGCUUGGAGUGAAUGCUCUGCUCCUUGUGGAGGAGGGGAGCAGACCCGAACACGCCUGUGUAAUAACCCAACACCUUCAAACAGUGGACGUCCUUGCCCAGGUGACUCUUCCCAGGUAUCCAGAUGUAACAUCCAGGCAUGUCCAGGUGGGCCUCCACGUGCCAGAGGAAGUGUUAUUGGAAAUAUUAAUGAUGUUGAAUUUGGAAUUGCUUUCCUGAAUGCCACAGUAACAGAUAGCUCUGACAGUAGAAUAAUACAAGCAAAAAUUACAAAUGUCCCACGGAGUCUUGGCCCAGCAAUGAAGAAGCUUGUUUCCAUUCUAAAUCCUAUUUAUUGGACAUCUGCAAAGGAAAUUGGAGAAGCAGUGAAUGGGUUUACUCUCACCAAUGCAAUCUUCAAAAGAGAGACUCAAGUGGAGUUUGCAACUGGAGAGAUUUUGAGAAUGACUCAUACUGCCCGUGGUUUGGACUCAGAUGGAGCUUUAUUGCUGGAUGUUGCAGUGAGUGGCUAUGUUCUGCAGCUCCAGUCAUCGGCUGAUGUUAAUGUGAAGGAUUACACAGAGGACUAUAUUCAGACAGGCCCUGGGCAGUUGUAUGCCUACUCUACACGGCUCUUCACCAUUGAUGGAGUUAGUGUGCCAUAUAUGUGGAACCACACCAUUACCUAUGAUCAUACCCGAGGAAAAAUGCCUUUCCUGGUGGAAACACUCCACGCAUCCUCUAUUAUGACAGAGUACAACCCAUUAGAAGAAACUCUGGAUUUUAAAAUUCAUGCUUCCAUUACAAAAGGAGACCGCAGCAAUCAAUGUCCUGGUGGGUUUAGUCUGGAUUCUAGUGGGCCCUACUGUUCAGAUGAAGAUGAAUGUGUAGUGCGAAAUCCUUGUUCUCAUGUUUGUCAUAAUGCCAUAGGAACUUAUUAUUGCUCCUGCCCCAAAGGCCUCACUAUAUCUGCAGAUGGAAGGACAUGUCAUGACAUUGAUGAGUGUGCGUUAGGUGGACAUUCCUGUCAUGCAGGUCAAGACUGUGAGAAUAUCAUUGGUUCAUAUCGCUGUGUGGUUAGGUGUGGCAUUGGCUUUAAAAGAACAUCUGAUGGAUUAAGCUGCCAAGAUGUUAAUGAAUGCCAAGAAUCCAAUUCCUGUCAUCAGCAUUGCUUCAAUACCAUAGGAAGUUUCCAUUGUGGAUGUGACCCAGGAUAUCAGCUAAAAGGCAGAAAAUGCAUGGAUAUAAAUGAAUGCAGGCAGAAUGUGUGUAGACCUGAUCAGCACUGCAAGAACACACGUGGUGGCUAUAAGUGCAUUGAUCUAUGUCCAAAUGGAAUGACUAAGGCAGACAAUGGAACAUGUAUUGACAUUGAUGAAUGCAGAGAUGGUACCCAUCAGUGCAGGUACAACCAGAUUUGUGAGAAUACACGGGGGAGUCACCGUUGUGGGUGUCCAAGAGGUUAUCGCUCUCAAGGAAUUGGAAGACCCUGUGUGGACAUUAAUGAAUGUGAACAAGCACCUAAGCCUUGCGCAUUUCGGUGCACCAACACUCCCGGCAGCUUCAAGUGUGUCUGUCCACCAGGACAACAUUUAUUAGGUGAUGGGAAAUCUUGCGCUGGAUUGGAAAGAUUGCCAAAUUAUGGUGCUUAUUAUAGUAGCUAUAACUAUGCUCAAAUCUCCCCUGUGAGAGACAUCUAUCAACCUCAACAAUAUUACAGGCACUCCUCAAAUCUCUACAGCUCCUACUCAGAGUAUAGGAACAGCAGAAUACCCUUCUCCAGGACUAAAAGGAAUAUUAGAGAAACUUGCCCUGAAGGCUAUGAGGCAAGAAAUGACAAAUGUAUAGAUAUUGAUGAAUGUGAAACCAGAGAUGCCUGCCAGCAUGAGUGCAGAAACACCUUAGGAAGUUAUCAGUGUAUUUGUCCAAUUGGUUAUCGUCUUAUGAUCAAUGGCAAAACAUGCCAAGAUGUUGAUGAGUGCCUAGAACAGAACAUUCAUUGUGGAUCAAAUCGAAUGUGUUUUAACAUGAGAGGAAGCUAUCAAUGUAUAGAUACACCCUGUCCACCAAACUAUCAGCGAGAUCCUCUUUCUGGGUUUUGUCUCAAGAACUGCCCACCCAAUGACUUGGAAUGUGCCCUUAGUCCAUAUGCCUUGGAGUACAAACUUGUUUCUCUCCCAUUUGGAAUAGCUGCCAAUCAGGAUUUAAUCCGACUAGUUGCCUACACUCAAGAUCAAGUCAUGCAUCCUAGAACAACUUUCCUAAUGGUAGAUGAGGACCCAACAAUCCCAUUUGCUCUGAGAGAUGAAAACUUAAAAGGAGUGGUGUUCUCAACCAGACCCCUAAGGGAGCCAGAGACUUACCGAAUGAGAGUCAGAGCUCUGUCCUACAGCACCAAUGGAAGCAUUGAAUACCAGACUACUUUCAUUGUUUAUAUAGCUGUGUCUGCUUAUCCAUAUUAAAAAGCACUUCUGACAAUAGUCCCAUUAUAUUAAUCACAAUCAGUAAGUGCGAGUGGGUAUUACCACUUCCAGAUUGACACUACUGCCUCUCUCUCAACAGUUGUGAAUCUGGCAACUUGAAAAUGGUGCUACGCUCUUUUCCUUUCCAUGCUCUCUCUGAGGCUGCCAGUAUGUUUCCAUUAUUCCAAUUGAAAAAAAAAUUCAAUGGUUCUGAGGAACCUUUACCACUUGCUUUAUUUAUUAUACUGGAGCAGUCACUUUCCACAGGUUGUUCCGAAGUUGCAACAGAACAAAUCAGAAGUGUGAGGUGGGAUUUUAGUGGUCAAACAGUAAACAAAUCAGUCUCUGUUUAAAAAACGAAAAAAAAAAAACAAAACCUAAACAGAAAUCCAGGUAUAUUUCUAAGUGGUCUGCAUAUCUUUGUUGAAUGUUGUUUUUAUGGUUUUUAUAGUAUAUCUUAAGAAAAAAUAAAAUAAGAAAAAUAUUUUUCUUACCAUACUUGUAGAAUUAGGUCUGUAUAAAGUUGCUUGAUUUGAUCAAAAAAGAAAAAAGUACUAUUUUGUUUACACUUGCCAGUGAUGAAAUAGAUGUCAUCCGGAAGCUCUGUUUUCAUUUAAAGAUGCCAAAUGAUAAUUUGUGAUGUUUGUGCAAGUUCAGCUGUGCCAUUUCUUUGCUGAAGAAAAGAACCCAAACACAUUACAUUACUACUUCCAUCUAUGACAGGAGAUAUUUUUAUAAUAAAAAUAUAUUACUCUAAUAUUUGAUAUAAUUCAUUAAUUAACUCCAAACUUUCCAUGUUUCCACUACUCCUGAUUCAUUCAACCAUUCAGUGUUCAUUUUAGAGUUGGGUUUUGGGUGGGGUUUGCAAAUAGAACAUUUUUUUUAAAUCCAAAAAUCUUACAUUUGGUUCAGCAAAAUGUUAGGUGUCAAUACACUGUAUAAGGUGGUAACAAACUCUGGAAGUAAUUUUGCCAAGAUGUAUUCUAUUUUUAUGAAAUGUAUAUAUGUGUUUUUUUUUCUCUACAUGUAUUUUAUUUCCUAUGCAAUAUCUUGAGUGUUUUAUGAUUAUUUUUUUUACCAAAGAACGUUACAUCAAAAAUAAUCAAAAUAAAGGUUCACAUUUCCUUUACUAA